AUGCUGAAAGGCACUCUGCUUUCUCUCUGCAGGAUUUUCGUGCUGGGCAUUGGAUUUUUCACGCUGUGCUUCCUGAUGACAUCCCUGGGAGGGCAGUUCUCAGCCAAGCGCCUGGGGGACUCCCCCUUCACCAUCCGCACCGAAGUGAUGGGCGCGCUGGAGUCCCGAGGGGUGCUGCGCAGGAUGAGCGACAUGCUGGAGAUGCUGAUGAAGAGGAUGGACAUCCUGGCCAGGCUGGAGAACAGCACUGACUUCCACAAAGGGGAUGAAGCACGAUUCCCUCUGGACAGGUUCCAGCCAGCAGCUGGGUUGAUGGAGAGGAUCCAGGCCAUUGCUCAGAACGUGUCGGACAUUGCAAUAAAGGUGGAUCAGAUUCUCCGGAACAGCCUCCUGAAUGGGAAAGGGAUGGAAGGCAGGAGGGAUCAGUGUGAGGUGCCCAGGGAUCCCAAGUACCCCGACUGUGCUGGGAAGGUGGAGUGGAUGAGGGCCCGCUGGACCUCUGACCCCUGCUAUGCUUUCUUUGGUGUGGAUGGCACCGAGUGCUCCUUCCUCAUCUACCUCAGCGAGGUCGAGUGGUUCUGUCCCCCCCUGCCCUGGAGGAACCACACGGUGGCCGUGCCCUCGCCGCCACCACCGCCACGCGUGCAGAUCCUUGUCCAUAUUGGCUUCCUGACAGAGGAGUCAGGGGACGUUUUCAGCCCACGGGUGCUGAAGGGAGGCCCUCUGGGUGAGAUGGUGCAGUGGGCUGACAUCCUGGCUGCCCUCUUCAUGCUGGGACACAGCCUGAGGGUCACAGUCUCCCUGAAGGAGCUGCAGAGUCACUUAGGGGUGCCUCCAGGACGGGGGAACUGCCCCCUGACCAGUCCUCUGCCUUUCGACCUGAUUUACACCGACUACCACGGCCUCCAGCAGAUGAAGCAGCACAUGGGGCUCUCCUUUAAGAAAUACAGGUGCCGUGUCCGGGUCAUCGACACCUUUGGGACAGAGCCAGCCUACAACCACGAGGAGUACGCCACGCUGCGCGGCUACCGCACCAACUGGGGCUACUGGAACCUGCAGCCCAGCCAGUUCAUGACCAUGUUCCCUCACACCCCUGACAACUCCUUCAUGGGCUUCGUGUCAGAGGAGCUCAACCAGACUGAGAAGCAGCUCAUCAAGGCCAACAAAGUCAGCAGCAUGGCCGUGGUGUAUGGCAAGGAGGCCAGCAUCUGGAAGUUGCAGGGCAAGGAGAAGUUCCUGGCCAUCCUCAACAAGUACAUGGAGAUCCAUGGCACUGUUUAUUAUGAGACACAGAGGCCACCUGAGGUGCCAGCAUUUGUCAAGAACCACGGGCUGCUGCCCCAGCACGAGUUCCAGCAGCUGCUGAGGAAGGCAAAGCUCUUCAUUGGCUUUGGGUUCCCCUACGAGGGCCCGGCCCCGCUGGAGGCCAUCGCCAACGGCUGCGUGUUCCUGCAGGCGCGCUUCAACCCUCCCCACAGCUCCCUCAACCACGAGUUCUUCCGCGGGAAGCCCACGUCCCGAGAGGUGUCCUCCCAACACCCAUAUGCUGAGGACUUCAUUGGGAAACCCCACGUGUGGACUGUUGACUACAACAACUCUGAGGAGUUCGAAGCUGCCAUCAAAACCAUCAUGAGGACAGAGGUGGACCCUUACCUGCCUUACGAGUACACCUGCGAGGGGAUGCUGGAGCGGAUCCACGCCUACAUUCAGCACCAGGAUUUCUGCACCCCAUCAUCUCUUCCUCCGUCUCCCAAGACCAAGACUCCUGCUAUGCAAAGCCCUCCAAGCCCGCUGGCACUGUCCCCCAACUCCACACACCUGGUGUGGUCCCCCAGCGCGGGCUGGGCCCCCCAGGCGUGGCCCCCGGUGGCCUCGCUGCAGGUGUGGGUGUCAGAGCCCCAGCACACGUGCACUGAGACGUGCCGGCGCCACGGGCUGGUCUGCGAGCCCACCUUCUUCAGGUUCCUCAACAAGGAGGAGGUGUUUCUACAGCUCAGCAUCGCGUGCGACAGCACCGAGUAUGAGAUGAACCACCUGUACCCCGCGGUGGCCGAGAACGUCCGCGAGUGCUACCUCCAGAAGGAGCCGCUGCUCUUCAGCUGCGCCGGCCACCACGCCAAGUACCGGCGCCUCUGCCCCUGCCGCGACUUCCGCCAAGGACAGGUGGCUCUGUGCAGGGACUGCUUGUGACACGGCGUCCCCACCGCCCCGGGGACACCGGCACCGGGUGGCUUCUCCUCAGAACUCUGCGGCAGCCGAGGAGCUGGGAUGGGUCCCUUGCGGUGGGUGAGCCGGGGCUGUCAGACUCACCCAGGGGCUGUUCCAUGUCAGACUCACCCACGGGCUGUUCCAUGUCCGACUCUGGGCUGUUUGAUCCACCAGCCAGCUGUGAAUGACCCUGUCCUGAACUUUGGAGUCAUUUUCUUCUAGAGGAGCAUUCGUCUGAGCGCAUCCUGCACCGAACCCACCUGGACCUGGUGGCGCUGGGAUGGGGUGGUGGGGAGAGAGGGGCUGGGGACACCCUUCCCCUCCUCUGGCGAUGGGACAAGCCACCAGCAGACUGCAGUUUCAGGGUUUUCAUCUUCUUCAAGCAUCCUCAGUUGUUUUAUUUAUUGAUUUUUUUAACCCUCCCCCUGACAAGUGGUAAAUUAAAGGGGAAUCCACACCCAGCCCUUC